AUGAAGGCCACUUUCUUCCUCACUGUUGCUGCUGUUCUCGUCGCUGCUGUCUCUGCUACUGGUGGACACCACCGCUCAGAGGUCGAUCAAGAAGUUGGUGGCGUUGGCAACGAAGGUCGCGUCAGCGGUAUUUUGAACAACCUGCUCAAAGGUGGUCUUUUGGCUGACGCCAGCCAAGAUCACCAUGUUUCCCAGGACGCCUAUUAA